GUUUUGAACGACAUGAGGGAACCAUGACGAUGAACACCACAGUAGACAACAUCACCAGCCCCGCAGUGACAACCAACCCAACUCCAACAGCCCCCCCGGCCCACCUCACCGAGUCCUACAGAGUCGCCCUGAUUAUUAUCUACACUGUAGUCCUUCUGGUGGGCAUCACGGGCUUAACCGUCAUGAUCAGCCUGCUAAAAACCAACAUUCGCUCGUUAACCACCAUCGCCUUCCUGAACUUGAUGGUCGCACACUUUCUUUUCCUGCUCACCGUGCCAUUCAGAAUCUACUAUUACGCGUCCCAAACAUGGCAGCUGGGUCAGGGUUUCUGCAAACUGGUCAGCGCCAUGGUGCAUAUCCACAUAUACAUGGUGUUCACCAUCUACUCCAUUCUUCUUACGGUUCGCUUCCUGCAUUUUUACAAGAAAACACAGCGGACUGAGUUCUACAGGCGGCUGCACGGGCUGGGCGCGAGCGCUCUAGUGUGGUGCAUCCUGUUAAUCAUCAUGCUGCCCCUCGUGCUGAUACAAUACGGACACAAAACCAUACCAGAAAACCAGUGCUUCAAAUUUGGGGAUGAAUUACAGGAGCACCAUGUCUACGCCCUGAACAUGGUUCUGUCCAUCCUUAUUAUCACCGUGUCGUGUUUUCAGACCUGCAUCCAGGCGAUCAUCCUACGCCAGAUGAUACUCAAGUACGGAGCCGCCAGCAGCGCCCAGCAGGAGUUUUGGGUCCAAAUAAAAAACCUCAGCUUUGUACUCAUCUUGCUCACUUGCCUGGUACCUUACCACCUUUUUCGGCUACAAUACCUGAACAACACUAAAGACCUUAAUCAGAUCAAUGAAGUGUUUCUGGCCAUCACCGGGCUUACGUGUUUCGACAUGCUGACGUUCACAGGGAAGAGCAUAUGUAAAGUGUGCUGGACAUAAAGCGGAUAAAAACUGUACAUAUAUAGACGCUAUUUUCCGCAUCACUAAAGGUCUGCAGAUGUGAAGCUGGAAACCGUUUUAACAGAAAACGAGUGUUAUACUUAUAACACGGUAAAGACAGUAAAGGUGAAUGAACAUCAGUCUUAGCAAAAUGUAGCCUAUACCAUGUUAGCUGUAAUUUGUGCCAAAAUAGUGGUUAAUACAAUCAUCGGUGACUCUGAAAGCUUUUUACAUUGUUUGAAAAGCAGACCUUUUUCAAACCUGUUUGUUUUUAUUUUUUUUUAUCAUGUAAUUUCUUGUACCAUGACAAAUACAAUAUAGCAUGGUAGGCUAGGCCUAUAUAUUAAAGUAACAGUAGCAAUGCUAUCAUUCGAUA